AGUUGAUUUAGAUGUGCAUCGAUGUUUUCUAGACAAACCCUACUUUGACGCUUGGCCUGGAGAAAAUAAUUUAGUUUAUUAUUAUAUGAAGAAGAAGUUUGAACAAUUUCUGUCUUAAAGAGGAACUGACGUUAGCUAAAGCAGGUCAAUCAGAGAGAAAGAGAAAAAGGGAGAGAGAGCGAGAGAGAGAGAGCAAGAGAGAGAGCGAGAGAGAGCGAGCUAACGCUAGAACAGCCGCACUGCUAGCACUGCAGCCAUAUGUGCUUUUAUCCGCUUCCAAAGCCAAACUUCACUUGAUACUGGGACUCGGGGAAAUAUUAUGCAUUCGAUGCACAUUUUUAAGAAUUCGUAGCUCUAUAUAGCCAGUUGGGGGAGUUUGCAUUAGUGCAGGACGGUGUUAUUUGUUUCAGAUCAGAGCAGUUGAGCUGAGUUAGCUUAGCUAUAGCGAGCAGCCAGCGAGCCCAAGUUCCUUCAAGCUCUUUUGCGUUUCGCUGUCAAGAUGCCUGCGAUGUUAGAGAAGGGCACCGCUGAGAUAUCGGGUAAAAGAAGGGGUAGAAACUCUGUAAAUAAUCCGACCAAAAGUUUUACUUCAAAUGGGAACAGUAACAAUUCAUGGGAGGAAGGAAGUUCGGGUUCCUCAAGUGAUGACGAGCAUGGUGCAGGCGGGAUGCGAGUUGGACUGCAGUAUCAGGCAGUUGUUCCCGAUUAUGAUCCUGAAGUAGCAAAGGCAAGCCAAGAGAGAGAUAAUCUGGGAAUGCUGGUGUGGUUUCCAAAUCCGAGCAUACCAGAGGCCAAAUUGGAUGAGUAUAUUGCAAUAGCCAAAGAAAAACAUGGGUACAAUAUGGAGCAGGCAUUGGGCAUGCUGUUUUGGCACAAACACAACAUUGAAAAAUCUUUGGCAGAUCUUCCCAACUUCACCCCUUUUCCAGAUGAGUGGACAGUUGAAGACAAGGUGCUGUUUGAACAGGGUUUCAGCUUUCACGGAAAGACGUUUCACCGCAUCCAGCAGAUGCUUCCAGACAAGUCAAUUGCAAGCCUGGUUAGAUUCUAUUACUCGUGGAAGAAAACACGCAGCAAAACGAGUGUUAUGGACCGCCAUGCACGCAAACAGAAGAGAGACAGAGAGGAGAGUGAUGAAGAAGGAGAAGAGAAUGGUUGCAACUCUCCAGGGGAUGCUGAAUUUGAGCCAAAUAAGGAUGAGAAGAAAGAGGGAACAUCUGGACUUGAGAAACAAGAAUCAAAACCUGCAGUUGUGCAAAAGCCAGCAAAUAUUGCAGAGAAGUCACUGCAUGUUAAGAAGGAGGUACAGGGACUUGCUGGGAGGAACCUACAUAGAGCAAAGAAGAAACCUCCAAAAGGAAUGCAUUUAAACUCAGAUGAUGUGACGGCAAUGUCCAGCAGCGGCCCGGCCGCAGUUAGUGUUCUGAGGCAGCUGGAUAUGGAGCUCAUUGCCAUAAAACGACAGAUUCAAAGCAUUAAACAGCACAAUAGUGCCCUCAGAGAUAAGCUAGACACGGGUGUGGAAGAGUUUAGGCCAUCUGAGGCUAAUCAGAAAUUUAAUACCCGCUGGACCACAGAAGAGCAGCUGCUUGCAGUACAAGCUAUAAGGAAGUAUGGGCGGGAUUUCCAAGCCAUUUCUGAUGUGAUCGGCAACAAGUCUGUGGUUCAAGUAAAAAACUUCUUUGUGAAUUACCGGCGUCGUUUCAAUCUGGACGAGGUCCUGCAGGAGUGGGAAGCUGAGCACGGCGUGGAGGGACGCAAGGGUAUAGAUGAAGAGAAGAUGGAGGUGUCAUCCGAAGAGGGGACCACCCCCGGGCCUUCAGAAAACCAGACAGAGGAACCAACGGCAAUGGAAACACAGAACCCCUCAGUUUCCUGAGUUCUCCAACAGCGGUCAGACGAGCUCAGAUCAGUUGAUGUCGCAGCUGUGCGUUAGAGGCAUUAAGGCUUCGAUGGCCUCAAGUGAAGCCUCUUCGUAAUGGACAUUCCUCUCCCCCCCCAGCCCCUCCAGCUCUCACCCCCCUGCUGAACCCAGGACUCUAUAACAGGUGCUACCGCAUGGGAGCGCAAUCUUCACCAAGCUAGGAACUAGGACCAUCUUAUUAGUCACUGCCAACAGAAGUAGAGUUUCUGUCUGGUCUCUACCAAUAUGGUGCACCAGCAGUUCUCCACAAAUGGUAAUUGGUCUGUUUUAGGGGGAAUAAAACACCCAUAUAUAUAUACACACCCAUCCCAAUGUCACUGAACAGUGAAUUGUGGUCUUGAAAGAUCUGUUGUCUGAAGGAGUUUACUGUCACUUGACCAUCUCUUUUUCUUGAUAUAUUCAUAGGGCUUUGAUCUGGUCCUAGUCCAACAUCCCUUUCCAGUUACUUUUUUAUUACUGUAGCAUAUUAUCUAGUUAUAUGAUUUGAUAUUUUGAUUUUUUUUUUUUUUUUUUAAGUCUCUGGGUGGAAUUUUAAGCUAUUUAUUUGCAUAAAAUGGAAUUAUAAGAACUGCACUGUAUAGAUAAAAUGAAAUGUCAGUGUGGAUGAAGUUUAAAAAAAUUAAAUACCAAUUUUAAUAUUCUUUUUAAAAUGCAGCUCUUAUAUUGUUCAUGUGAAUUGGUUUAGUAUUAGGUCGUAUAAUGUUUAAUCAUGGACCCUUGUACAUGGUGUAUUUGAAAUGCAUUUUAUCGCAAAAGGUUGCUUGGCUGAGGCUGAUGAUUGUAAGAAUGUAAUGGAAUGCGGAGUUUGUUUGUUUUCUUUUUUUUUUUUUUUUUGGAUUUUUAAAAUCUUAUUUGAAACUGUUUUGCAUGCAUGAACCGUUUCUUCUUCAUGCCAAGGUCAAGCUUUUCACCCUCUUACGGGUGUUUAAACAUAUAUGAAUUGCCAUGUGUAGUUAAGAAUAUUAAAAUAUUGCAGCACAUCUAAAUUUCUACUAUUCCAUGCUUCUAGAUGUUUUUCAAUACCUUAAUUAUUAUGGUGUUUGGAGAUUAAAGGUAGAUGAAUUCUUCUUUUUUUAUUAUUAUUAUUGUUUAAUUUGAAAGUGGAAUAAGUUAUUUAAAAUACAUGCACUCUCACUUAUUUUGACCAACUUUUUCCCUCUCAUAACUGUAAUGGUACCAUACAUGUGUGAACUCCUUUUAAACUUAUGUGUGCAGAUAACAUGUACAUGGUUGGGGUGAAAUUCUGUUUGUCUGCGUGUGUGGGUGGGUGGGAGCUAAUGUGGUCAUAAACUGUGGCCUAUAUAUAUGUAAUCAGUUUAUGUCACAUUAGACAUAAUAAAACUAAGGGAUUUAUACCGUU